GAUUACAUUGCUGCAAUGAUUGCCUUUGAAUCUUCUUUAGUUUCCCUAUAUAUAUUUUAUACUCAUAAACAGCCUCCUUCAUUCCCUAGGCAUCGCUUAGUUACAUCCAUGGAGUCAAGGCUCUGCUUAAAGUUUCUCUAUGCAUUCGUAUGCGUUUCAGCCACUAUUCUCUUGAUCGCUCACUGUGAUGCCAGACUUAUGGUUCAUGCAUGGAAGCAUCAUGGCUCAAGCCUCCAUCAAAAGCUAAGAACAACCGAUCGUGUUGCCUCGAAUGGUGAUCCGUAUACCCUCGACUCACCUAUUUUUCUACCUCCUUUGGACUCUUCAUCGUCACCAUUUCCUCAGCCUCCCCACUCUCCUACAUUAACCCCACAAUCACCUUCCCAACCUCCUGCGCCUCCAACAAGUUACGGCCUACCGACACCUCCACCGCCGAGUAACAUCAUCCGCAGCCCGCCGCUAAGUCCUCCUGAAAUAGCUCCUCCGAAACAUGGGUUCAACUCACCUAGCAUUUUCCCAAGUCCACCUCAACUUCAACCUAGUCCACCAAAACAUGUUCCUAUGGCCCCUAAGCAGGUUCCGGGCCGACCCGUUUCUGAACCGCCGAUGAUGAACCCAUCACCUCGUCCUCCUCCACACAAAGGGUCACGGUCCGGUGCUUGGUGUGUGGCUAAGCCGACAGUGCCUGAUUCGUUGAUCCAAGCCGCCAUGGAUUAUGCAUGUGGGUCUGGUGCAGAUUGCAAGUCGAUUCAACCCAACCAGGCCUGCUUCCAACCCAACACAAUGAUGGCUCAUGCAUCGUACGCUUUCAACAGUUACUGGCAAAACACAAAGGGGCGUGGUGGCACUUGUGAUUUCGGAGGAACCGCCAUGCUUGUUACCGUUGAUCCUAGUAAGUUUUGGUAAAUGCAAGUUCAGCAACAAUUGAUCGCACGAAAGAGCCAUUUGAGAGACCAUUGAUUUCAGAGUUUGAACCCGCAGGCUAGAUGCGAUUUUUACAUGGAUAUAGCUACUUAAUUCAGCCAUUGAGCUUGGUUCCUAUAUUCUAUUAAUCUGAUAAGCUUCCAUGAAAAGUGUAUUUUAUAUACACGUAUAUAUAAUAUAUAUACCCUAUGUAGUUAAUAUGAAAGGUAACAA